GCUAAACCAGUAGGAGCUGCAAUAUUUCUUUUUGGCUACAUGGUAUCACUGUUUCUACUCUGUUAUGCUGGACAAAGAAUCAUAGACGAAAGUUUAUCAAUUGCUGAAGUUAUUUAUCAAUCAAAAUGGUACGAGGCCAACACACAAAUGAGGAGAAGUAUUCAAUUCACUUUAGCAAGAAGUCAAAUUCCGCUCACACUGCAUGCAUGGCCAUUUGGAAUUUUCUGUUUCCCGUUGUUUAUGAUGAUUGUGAAAACGUCGUACUCGUAUCUAACGCUACUACGACAAACAACUUAAACGGAACCUGCAACCUGAAGCUCCAAAGAUGAAGAAACUAGAAACAUCUCUGCACUAGGCACGCACCAUUCAAUUGUUCAGUUCACGAAUCCAAUAACAGAAUUCUUCUCUCAAAAUUGUAAACAUAAUUAUCUGAAUAGAACACAUUGUAGAUUA